UUUUGCGCCGUGGGUGUUUCCCCCCGUGUGUACCCUGUGUAGAAAGUCCCCAUCGAUCGGGGCGGAUGUGAGCUCGUUUUGUGCGUAAACUUUGGAGUCCGAGGAUUAAAAAGGAUCCAGCCCUUUCAGCUGCAUGCCUGUUCCCAUGGCAACAAAGUCCCAGCGUCGCCUGUGGCGCUAUGUCGAUUCUGGUCACCGCCACAAGUUGCGCAAGCUCUUGCAGCGUCACGGAGAAACCCUGGACCUGGCCGAGGCAGCAGGACACAAGAAGCGAACUCCUCUGCACCGAUCCUGCGCCCGACAGGACCUCAAAACCGCCCUCCUGUUACUGAAGUAUGGAGCAGAUCCCAACAUUCAGGACUGUUGUGGUGAUACGGCUUUACAUGUGGCUGCUCGGCAGGUGGCGCGCAAGGGAGGCACCGUGUACGAAGACCUUUUUGAACCCUUACGAACCCGUUGCCCUUCUGCUAUGAGCAUCAGAAACAGAGAUGGCAAGACUCCGGGAGAACUGCUGGCACAAACAGAAGAGAAAUGGUGCCCUCAAGGGACAUUUGAGAAAAACAAGGAAGAACAAGAUUCUGAGCGGGAGUGGCGUCACAAGCUUCUUGGUGAAUGGGAGGAUGAAUAUCAGGAGACUUUCUGGCAAUAUGGAGAGGAUUUCUACUCCACCAGUCCAGAGCCGGAAAGCUUUGAGACGUGGGCUGAUCGCAUAUUCCAGGAAUACAGGAAAAAACAGCGGAAGGGAGAGGAACGGCAUCACCAGAGACCCAAAGCUCAACCCCCAAAGCCAUCCCUGAAGUCACAGCAGCUCCUGGAGGAGGAACAUCGGCUAUACAAGAAGCGUGCCCAGGCCAAAGAAGAAGAACUGAAGGAGGCCAAGAGACGACGCUACGAGGAAGGCUGCAGCCGGGUCUUCUGUGCCGACAGUUCGCAACUUUUGCGUUAUGGCGACAUUCCUUGGCCAUGCCCAACUGGGACGCCUGAGGAGAUGGCGGCUGUGGCGCUCCACCACACAGACCCCUCUGAUAAAGCCGCUUAUCGGCGCUUCCUCCGGCGCCAGCAGGCCUUGUGGCACCCAGACAAGUUUGCCCAACGCUGCGGCGCACGCUUAGCUGAGCAGCAUCGGUCUCGUAUCUUGGACACUGUCACGGCCUUGUCCCAAGCUUUCAACCGGUUAGCCGAAGCUGCCAAAUAAGUCUCUGUGGAGAAAAUGUUGUCUCCCUUCAGAGCUGUGAACCUUAAGGGGAUUGUUAGGAACAAUCUGGUCUUUGAGCAGUGUUGGUUUCUUUUUUAAAUGGUUUUCGUAUUAUUUAUGGUCGUAAUUGACCAGAUA